CAACACUCCCACCUCACUGAGUGGACUUUGAGUUCUCAAUAAGAGGAAGUAGACAGCUCUGACACACACACACACACACUCACACACUCGCUGAGGAGGCACCCGCCUGUGCAUCAGGAACUUUUUUCCACUUACACAGCGUGAUGGCAAACAAGGGUCCUUCAUAUGGUUUAUCCCGUGAGGUUCAGAGUAAGAUUGACAAGAAAUACGACCCCGAGCUGGAGGAGCGGCUUGUUGAGUGGAUCGUGGCUCAGUGUGGCCCAUCGGUGGGAAGACCAGAACCCGGCAAACAGGGCUUCCAGACAUGGCUCAAAGAUGGAUGUGUCUUGUGUGAGCUCAUUAACAGCCUCUGUCCGGACUCAAAACCAGUGAAGAAGGUGCAGAAGUCCCCCAUGGCCUUCAAGCAGAUGGAGCUGAUCGCACAGUUCCUUGGAGCUGCUGAGAAAUACGGAAUCACCAAAAGCGACAUGUUCCAGACGGUGGACCUCUGGGAGGGUAAAGACUUGGCAGCAGUUCAAAUGACCCUGAUGUCACUGGGAAGUUUGGCAGUUACCAAGUGCGACGGCUGUUACCAUGGUGACCCUCAGUGGUUUCAUAAGAAAGCGCAGGAGAACAAGCGGGAGUUCACGGAUGAGCAGAUGAAGGAGGGUCAGAGCGUCAUCGGCCUGCAGAUGGGCUCCAACAGAGGAGCAUCUCAGGCAGGAAUGACUGGCUACGGACGACCCCGGCAGAUCAUCAACAACUGAAGUCCGUGAUUUCUGACCUACCACGCACUCAGUUAUAACUACUCAGUCAUUGGAAAACAAAGUGGACAGUCGCAGGGACCAAAAGACAAACACGCAUUAUCACUUUACGUCAUAUUAAACGUACAGUAAUGCAGUCAUGAAGACGUGAACAUGUGAUACAUUCCAUGCAAACAGAAACUCAUCUCAAAUUAGCCUCAUGUUAAUAUGCAGCCGUAAUCUCAGCAUCUUUGUGCAGUGUAUAUUGAUUUUCAAUAGAUGAUUUUGCAAAUAAACGUUGUACACCUCAA